AUGGAUCUCCUGGCGUUCUUUCUUAUCGGUAAACUACUAGAAUCUGUGGAUGAUGUUUCCUCCUCUAACAUUGUCAUUAUCCCACUGUCCAUCUACCAGACUCUGGCCAUGUCUGCACUGGGAGUUAUAGGAUCUACUGCAGACCGAAUAUGUAAACUCGCUGGUGUUGCUACAGUGGCUAAACUACUUGAUAUUGACUAUAACUGUAACGCUAUGCCUGUGGCUAAUUCUGUCUGCCCUGAGGUGCUCCGCGAUGACUAUUUGACAACUGUCAAGUCACGUUUACCCGGUUCAAGUGCACAUCGCGAAGUCUCUACUGCUAGCAGAAUCAACGUCUCGAUUGCUGAGAAUCCAAGGCAUAUGAUCGGUCGCAUCUUGGGCGAUGAUCCAUUACGCGAUGAUGUUGUGCUUGUCAGUGCUGCCUACUCCAAAGACUCUUGCUUGAAGGUCUUUUCAAGUCAUUUUACGCAACUAUUUGCUCCGAAAACUUGCACUCUACCUGCCCUUGAGCCAGUCGACCUUCCAAUAGAGCGCACGGGAGGGGAUGACAUCACCUUGGAUGAGGUGAAGGACUCUCUCUGCUCUAUGGAUAAUGGUAAAGCUCCCGGAGCAAAUGGGGUGCUCACAUCAGCUUUGAAAGCCGGUGGUGAGCAUUGUCUGAGGAUCUUACACCGCUUGUGCAAAGAGUGGUGGAGUGAACCGGAGACUAUUCCCAGAGCUUUAGGACAUUCCAUUAUUAUCCCUUUCUAUAAGAAAGGUGAUAGGAAGGUAGCAGGCAACUAUAGGGGGAUAAAUCUGCUCGAUCAUAUCGGCAAGGUUUAUUCCGGAGUUUUGGGGCAGAGGCUCAAGCCUCUAGCAGAGAGUUUCGUUGGAGAGAAGCAGUUCGGAUUUCUCCCAGCGAAGGGAACUCUAGAUGCGGUUCACGUACUACGUCGAUGUCAGGAAGUCUGCAACCGGAAUGGUCGCAGAUUAUCCGCUGUCUUUCUAGAUUUGAAAGCAGCCUUCGAUAAAGUACCUCGUCCUGCGAUCUGGAGAGCUCUCAGGCUAGCCGGAUGUGAUGAGAAGCUCAUUUCAGCUAUCGAAUCACUACACCGUAAUACUGUUGCACAGGUUAAAACUCAGGAAGGUUUAUCUGACCCUUUCCCAAUAGAUAUGGGAACUAGACAGGGGUGCCGAAUAGCGCCUCUUCUGUUCAUCAUCUUCAUGGAAAUGGUGAUCAGAGAAGCCAACCUGGAUAUCAGCUUGAGCAUGCCUUGCGAGAGCGAGGGCAGUACGGAAUCCGUGGACCUCUCAGGUCUCCUAUUCGCGGACGACAUCGUUUUAUUGGCGGAUGAUGAUUCUAUUCUUCAGCGUAACUUGGAUAAGCUUUCGGCAGCUCUGACUAGGUUUGGAAUGGAAGUGUCCUUACCUAAGACGAAAUGCAUGAUCUUAUCUGAGGGAUUGGGUGAUUCCAAUCUGCGUUUGAAGAUAGCGCAGAGGAGAUUGCGAUGGGCAGGGAGGAUUCUCACUACGAAGCCCGCUGAUGGUCUUGUGGAUUACAGACAGAAGGGGUCUAAGUUCCAGGAGAGCAAGUUCCAUGGGGUGUAUCUAGUGACGAAGAUAACAGACCUUAAAGUCCAACCGAUCCUUCGGGAUCGGCAAAAUAUCCGUUCAUUUGGCCAGCAUCUCAUCGAGCCCCUCAACCCUAUUACCUUACCGGCUGAUUUCUACGUCGACCUCGACUUAUUCCCCGAUGGUUGGGUCGCGCCUGAGGAUGAGGCCCCAGCGGACGGUCCAGCUGAGGAGCCACCGGCUGAGCCCGUUGGCGAGGCAGCGGCUGAACUGGAGCAUCAGCCGGUUGAUGAGGCAGCAAAUCCACUCGCUGCUGAGGCAGCAAACCUGCCAGCUGAUGGGCCAGCAGGUCAACUCGUCGAUGAGCCAGCACGUCAAGGUGCUGAUGAGCCAGCAGGUCAACUCGCUGAUGGUCCAGCACGUCAAGCCCCUGACGAGCCAGCAGGUCAGCACGCAGAUGAGGUCGAGUCAAACUUGAGAUUUGUCGAGAGUGCCAAGUCGUAG